CAAGCCAAGCCAUCGCGGCGCGCGUUAUCCAUCUCCGCGCCGCCCAAUCGCCGCCGCCGCCGCCGCCGCCGCAGCCCAGGUGAGGUCGGGGAGGAGAUGAUGUCGCGGCAGUGCGGGAAUGGCGCGUUGCUAGCGGAGGGAGCAGGCACUGUCCAUGGUCGCAAGAGCCGAGGUGCGGCGGCGGCGGCCAAGAGGAACCAUGGCGCUGUCAGGUUCCACCGGUGCUGCGUGAGGGCUCACCUCUGGAGGAGGGCUCGUCACCUCCCUCUUCACGCCAAGAUCCCUGCUUGUUCCGAGAACAAGGUGCACACAGUGCUGCAAGUUUUCAGCGGCGUCAAGGAGUGGAGCAGGUUGCAGCUGUUCACCAUGACAGGGCUGGUGGCAUGUGCAGUUCUUGUAGUCCCUUCUGCUGAUGCCGUUGAUGCUCUCAAGACAUGCACCUGCCUGCUCAAGGAAUGCAGAAUAGAGCUGGCCAAAUGCAUAGCAAACCCGUCCUGUGCAGCAAAUGUAGCAUGCUUAAAUACAUGCAACAAUCGCCCUGAUGAGACUGAAUGCCAGAUCAAAUGUGGGGAUCUGUUUGAGAACACCGUGGUUGACGAAUUCAAUGAGUGUGCCGUUUCACGCAAGAAAUGUGUCCCAAGAAAGUCUGAUGUUGGAGAAUUCCCAGUCCCUGAUCCAUCGGCCCUUGUCAAGACCUUCAAUAUGGCUGAUUUUAAUGGCAAGUGGUACAUUUCAAGUGGACUCAAUCCUACUUUCGACUCAUUUGAUUGCCAGCUUCACGAGUUUCAUGUUGAGGGAGACAAACUUCUCGCAAAUUUGACUUGGAGAAUUCGCACCCCCGACUCUGGUUUCUUCACCAGGUCGGCCAUGCAGCGGUUUGUGCAGGACCCUGCACAACCCGCAAUCCUCUAUAACCAUGACAAUGAGUUCCUGCACUAUCAAGAUGAUUGGUACAUCAUCUCAUCCAAAGUAGAGAACAAGGAAGACGACUACAUCUUCGUGUACUACCGCGGCAGGAAUGAUGCAUGGGAUGGAUAUGGAGGUGCUGUUCUGUACACCAGGAGCAAAGUUGUGCCUGAAACAAUAGUGCCUGAGCUAGAAAGAGCGGCGAAAAGCAUAGGGCGUGACUUCUCCACAUUCAUCAGGACUGACAACACCUGUGGUCCUGAGCCUCCUCUCGUGGAGAGAAUAGAAAAGACCGUCGAGCAAGGAGAGAAGACCAUCAUCAGGGAAGUGGAGGAGAUCGAGGGAGAGGUCAAGGAGCUGGAGGAGGAGGAGGUUACAUUGUUUAGGAGGCUGACAGAUGGUUUCAUGGAGGUGAAGCAGGACAUCAUGAACUUCUUGCAGGGGUUGAGCAAGGAGGAAAUGGAGCUUUUGGAUCAGAUGAACAUGGAAGCAACUGAGGUUGAGAAGGUCUUCAGCCGUGCCCUGCCAAUAAGGAAACUAAGGUAGCCCCUAGAAGCCACUCCAGCAAGUGCAAGGAGGAUUUGGAGAACAGUUUCCCAUCAAGUAAUGCUCAAAGUAUAUUAUUAUAUUCACCAAGGCAAUGCCAAUAGUAACAGAUUAUUCAACAGAGAACAAAAAGUUUUGAGUCUGCUAAUGCAUCCCCAUUAUUACAAAAACAUUCCCAGAUUAGAUUUAUAUGUAAAGCAUCAACAAUCAUGUAACUUCCAUUCAGAAAAAAAAAGUAUAUAGUGAACUUAGUACAACUGCUGCAAUCUUAUUUAUCAGGAUAGUUUGAGUUCUGCUAUUUUCCUUCUACUUUAUGGCAAUUUACUAUAUGUCAAAUGCAAAUAACACUGAAUGUAAUUUCAUAAUU